AUAUUGGAUGAUAUAAAUUAGACGUUUGAUAUUUUGGUGUUUUACUUGUAAAGAUAAACAAGAAAAUCAUCUUUAUUCGUUACAUAUGUUUUCUAUGGGGAAGAUGCGAAAUAGUGCGGUGGAUUUGACCCAGCGACUACUGCUGUUAUUAUGGGGCAUUUCGAUAUUCAUGGUUCCCUACAUCGCUGCUGAGAUAGGCUCCGAUGCAAUAUCGUCACGUUUGAAGAAUUACAAUAACACCGAUGAAUCCACAUUACGCAGACAAUUGAUGAAGGAUUAUGAUAAGUUAACUCGUCCAAGAUCUGAUGCACAAGUCACGGUCGAUGUUGAUGUGUCUCUGUGGCUGUGGCAAAUUAAAGAACUGGAUGAGAAAAACCAGAUCUUGAAAACGUUUGGCUGGCUGAGAUUUGUAUGGAUAGAUGAGUUUCUCCAGUGGAAACCAGAGGAGUUUUCUAACAUAACUGAGCUGAUACUACCUGCACAGGAACUUUGGCUCCCAGAUGUGAAUUUAGGAAACAGCGCCAACAAGUUAAUCGAUUCGUCUUUCUACGAAGACUUUAGAGUGGACCUAGCUCAUACAGGGGAAGUAUUGUGGUCACCAGGUGGUUCGUUUGACUCAGCAUGCGCCCUCGAUGUUACUUUCUUCCCAUUUGACUCUCAAAUCUGCACAUUGAGGUUUGCCAACUGGAUGUAUCAUGGUUUUCACCAAAACCUGUCAUCUAAGUCUGGUGUUGUCUUGGCAAAAUAUACGGAAAACGGUGAAUGGAAUAUCGUGAGCACUGAUAUUGUCGUCUUCAAUGAUUAUUUUCAAAAUAAGAAGCCCUAUCCAACUGCAGAUUUCAUUCUUUUUCUGAAAAGAAAGCCACGAUAUCAUAUAGUUCACAUUGUCGUACCAUGUAUCAUCUUGACAAUCCUGGUGACUUUUGUUUUUCUACUUCCGCCGGAAGCUGGUGAGAAAGUGUCCAUGGGGAUCACGGUUCUUUUAUCAUUCUCUGUUUUCCUCCUUAUGGUUGCCGAACAGAUUCCAAAGACAUCGGAUAGCACGCCACUUUUAGCACUUUAUUUGGCGGCAGUGAUGACGUUGAGUGCCAGCUCCAUAAUUCUAACAGUGAUCAUUCUUCAAAUGCAUCACCACGAUGCGAUUUACCCUGUGCCGAGAUGGCUAAGGUAUUUCGCAUUCGAAAUGAUCGCUAGAGUAGUGUGUUUGCGACAUUACAAAUCAUUUUCAUUGGAGGGAUAUAUAAGAGUUUCAAAACACUCUUCCAAUAAUGUGUCUCCAGUCAAAAGGGGAAGUAAAAUGGACGGAAGAAAAAAUUAUGGCGGAUCCUAUACACACGGAGCAAAUAAUCAGAUUCCAAUAUCUGAGGAAAUCAUCGAUAAAAGUGCAUUCGACAGUGACAAUGCAAAGUGGAAAAAGGAAUGGCAAACGGUUGCACAAAUCCUAGAUAGAUUUUUGUUAUUUGUGUAUCUUGUAGUUUUGUUGAUAUUUUGUGUUGUUUUAUUAUUUUUACCUGUAGUAGCUGCUAAUGAACAUAAGUUGGUAUAGGAAUAUUUAGAUUCCUCUUGAUCAGGGACUAAUUUCUGCAAAUAAAUUAAAGUUGCUCGAUACUUUUUUCAGUUUAGGAUAGUUGAAAUUAAUAUUACAAUGCUACAUCCCUAAAACAUGAAAAGUCUUGCUGUAAAAAGUAAAUAUUUAACCAUUCAUUUAUUACUCCUCAAGAAUUGAUAAAACCAAUGGUCCUUGAUUUAUAAAAUAAUGUUUGAAUGUCAAGAAAUAUUUAAAAAUAAAAAAUAGUUUUUAGAUCCUCAAAUGCAACACCAUGCAUUGUAAAACACAUCGUUUAUUCUUCUCAAUUGGAUACAGUAGUACAAAUAAACGUUACUUUAUUUAAUAAAAAU